GUCCAUUAUUUUUCAAUAUGCAUUGUAUUUUCUAAGUAGCACGGGAAAAGAUGAAAGUGACCUUUAUUGCGCAUGCGCAAUUCAAUUGUUCUCAUGGAUUUCGUUCAGCAGUUGAUUGAAAUUUAUAUUGUCUUUUAGCAUUCUGUUUUUCGUGUCUUGUUCUAUAAUCUGUGGCUUCAUUUGUAGAUAACACUUUGUACAUACAUGCAGUUGUUAUUUCUUAUAAAUAUUCAUAAUCUAAUCAUUUUUAUUCGGUUUGAUUUGUGACAAACAUAGAGUCUGGUCUAGAUCUAUUGUAGAUAAUCCAACUGAUAACACAUCUGAUCUGUAUAAGUUAACAGAACAGCCUUCAACUUCUAAAGACAUCCUUGCUUGAGAUGUCAGAGAAGACAGAUGUGGAUCAAGACUAUGAUGAUGGUGAAGAACACACUUCAGCAGGAGAAUUACCAGAAUAUCAAUAUUCUAGGGCAAAAUUACUUGAUAUAUCCAAAAGUAAAGCAGCCUGUGCUCGUCCCAAGUGCCUAGAGAAAGCUUAUGACUCUGAGGAUGGAAAGUGGGAUCCUGAUCGCUGGUACAAGGCAAAAUUUGGCCAGUCCAGGGAAGCCUCUCCAUUGACACUCGUCGAUGGAAAAGACCGCAGACGUGUGCCUGACCUAGACAGGGACAUCAAAAGACGACCAUCUAUUAACGAUCCAGUUGAAAGACUCAAGGAGGAGAAAGAUGGGAUUGUUCUUAGCCCACAGCGAAGGAGCUUUGGAACAGGGUGUCAUGUACAGACACCUGCCUAUCUUCACCAACUCAGCUUACCUGAAAGAGAAAGAGAAGAAACAAAGGUUGAAAGAGACAGAGAUAGGGACAGAGAAAGGGAGCGUCCCCCAGCCAGAAGGAUUGGUAGUGGACGAAUACAGAUAGACAGAGAAAAUAGCAGGGACUUCUCUGGUCUGCGUGAUAGAUUUGAUGACAGGGAUAGAGAGUACACAUGGAAUAGAGAUAGGGAUGUUCGAGACAGAGACUGGGAUAGAGAUAGGGAUGUCAGAGAUAGAGACAGAGAUGUCAGAGAUAGAGACAGGGAUGUCAGGGAUAGAGACAGGGAUGUCAGGGAUAGAGAUCGAGAUCGUGAUCUGAGAGAUGGAGACUGGGAUCGGGACAAAGACAGAAGAUUUGAACGAUCUGAUAGAUUUCGUAGAGCCAGUGAUAGAGAAUUUCCAGAGAGAGACAGAAGAGAGAGAGAUUUUAGAGAUAGAGGUGACAGAGUGGAUAGAGAUAGAGGCUUUGACCGAUCAGGACCUCGACGAAAACCUUAUGGGAGAGAUGAGAAAGAGCCAGAGUGGUUCACAGGGGGACCUACUAGUCAAAAUGACACUAUUGAACUCAGAGGCUUUGAACGAGAAAAAGAAGAACAUGACCGUGAUGAUUCUGAUUCAGUUUUUAAGAAUGAUGUGAAAAAGCAAAGUUCACCAACUGAAGAAAAGUCUGGAAAAGAAUCUUCCGAAGAAGCCUCUGAAGUUGAUAUCAAAACAUCCCAGCGCAGCUCCCCUGAAGAUCAGCAGAUGCUGCCAGUGAGCGAACCUGAAAAAUCUCAACUUGAGAAUCAGCCCAGCGCUCCACAGCCACGCUCAAGGACAUCGCCAACAAACCACAAAUUUGACAUUGAGCAGAUUCUAAAAGCAGAUUUCCAACUUGACGAAGAUGUUAUUACACAUGGCAGCAGGUUCUCCAGAUUUUUCGUUGCAAAUGGCAAUGGUGUGAUGAGCAGUGAUGCAUCUUCUAUUGAGGAUAUGCUUGUUCCACAUGACCUUCUUGAAGACAGUCGCUCGAGUCCCACUGUGCCAUCUCCUAUACCAUUGAUUGGCCCUAUGGGUGCAAUGCAUGGCUACCUAGGACUUCCACAGCACGGUAUGCACCAUUACCAAGAACAGUUUGCUGGGCACAUGAAGGACCACUUGGGCCCUAUACCCCACAACCUGUUGACCAUGCCAAAUCCAGCUGGGGACAACAAUGCCACUGUAAAUGAGAAAAUGGCCCUACCGCCGUCAGUGACAGCCCUGUUUAACAGCGCUGCAGUGGGAGGCUCCAAUGCUUGUAAGUGGAAGCCCCGUCUAGAUUGUAGUGUGGAAACUCUAGAGUCUAGCUACUACACUGAUUCAGCCAUGUCCAGUACCAGCAGCUUUAGUACUCAAGAUGCUGAGGCCCAGCUAAAAGCCAUGUUAUUUCGAGGUCCCAAAGAAUCUGCUUCAUCCAGUGGAACUGCUUCGCCUGCAACAUUACCUCCUAGUGUUCAACAUAAAGUGAAGACCGUUGCUGAGCUGGAAGCUGAUAUGCACCAAAACUCAGCCCAGAAAACAGUCAGCCCUGUGAUAGGCAGUGUUAACCAGGGAGGAGACAUGUCUGCAUUUAACAAGUUGCUCAUACUGAUCAAUGCAGGCUCAGAAGCAACUCAUAACGCAGUCAACUCUGAUUCUCAAUCUUCCAGACCUGGUCUACUUCCCAGCCAUAGUGAAUUCAAUCAUGCUGUAAUGAGAAACAAAGAGGAACAAAUGCAACUACUUCAAAGGUCACUACAAAAUGUGCCUCCUGGUCAGCAGUAUUUAACUCAUCAAGCUCUGUUGGCAACAUCAAGCCAGCAACAAGGACAGACUCAAGCACCUACUCAGGUCACUAUUGCCCAACAGUUUCAGAAACAGCAGUUGUACCGUCAGCAACAGGUGGCCAUGCAGCAGGCCAAACAAAUGGGUAUGGUUCUUAAACCACCAACCACUCCUGGCUUACCACAAGCAAUGUCUACACCAAUGACAAACAUCGGCGUCAAGCCCAGAGCCCAAAGUGGUGGCCCCACUGCCUCAUCUGACCCCAUAUACAGUUUGAUUCAACAAAAUCCAACAAUUGUGAUGAAGCCUGCCUCUCCAGCUCCCUUGGCGGCCCUGCUGGCCUCACAGCAGACUGCCGUACCCAGUACAGCUAGAGUACCUUCACCACUAAUGUUUAGUCAGCAACCACCACUUCACUUGAGUGCCCCGUCUCCUAUUCACCCAGGUCAGCUGAGUCCAAGAUCUUUAACUGUUGCUGGUAGCACUAUGUCAUCUCCUAGUGGGCUUCGCUCCCCUGUAUUGCCACGCGUCCUUAGUCCUCAAGAGUUGUCUGCUCAUGCUCAGGCUGUGAUGCAAAGUGCAUUGAUCAAGAAGCAACUGCAGGAUCAAAAUGAACGUUAUAUGAAGAAACAACAGGAGAGAGCCAAGUCUCCAAACCAGCCGAUAUUGAGUGUAGUCAAACCUCAACCAGCUGCACAACCAAUUUUACCUCCAACACCUCAACCAAAAGGCACUUCUGUGGACACUUUCACCCCAACCUCAGUGUUACGCAAGAUGCACUGCGACAAAGCAAUUGAGAAAGAGAAACAGGCCCAGGAGAAUAAAUCUGAAACGGAAACAGGGUUUAUGCCAUCCAUGCAUGAACUUAGUGGAGUUAACUACAAUGACAGUCUAGAAUCUAACGACAGUGCUGUACGCAAGGCUGAAGCCAAAUUGGUUGGCGAUCUUAGUGAUAUCAGCUUCCUAGACCCAGUGAACCCAAAUUUGGUGGCUAUGUCCAAUCAGUUAGAGAAUUUGAGAAUGGGACAAAGUAAUGUACUACCAGGCACGCUGUCCCAGCCUAUGUCUGUUGAAGAGAAGAUGAAACUUUCUGAUCUUGCUGAAAAACCUGGCUAUCUUUCAUUGAUGCUAGACAAAGCAGCAAGAGCAAAUCAAGGUCGACCUAUUGUAAAAGCUUCACCUGAGAUUACCACUGAUGACAGGUCUAUGCUGCAGCUUCACUUACAAACCUUACAGCAGCAACACCAACAGCUAAUGCAACAGCCUCCACCAGCUAACUGGACAGGCAGACCAGUCACUGGGAGCAGUACUCAACAACCCUCCUUCAUGGCUCCUCAGACCUCAGUGGCUCCACCCUCUCCUCUCCAGCAGACCAAUAAGUUGGGCUCAGGCAGGGCCAUAGUUGGAGGCAAUUCUGUACAACAGCAAGGCUCUGGCCCUCAGACUGUCAACAAUGCCCAAAGUAUGGAGUUUAUGCGGAUGUUUGAACAGCAGCAACAGUUGCAGAGAAGACAUGGAGACAAUAUUAAUCUGUUUUACCAGUCUCAUACUCAAGGUCUAAAUUUACCACCGCCUCCAAUGGGCCCACCACUCACCCACAUGGGGCCUCCUCCAGGAGUCGGGGUGCAUGUAACUGGACGUUUUCCUGUUGUCUCCACACCUGUACAUUCUACCGCCAAUGCUGUGUAUAUGAAUCAACAACUCAACAGAGCUAAUGCACAACGUCAUCAACAGUUCCAGAUGGCUAUGCAGAACAAAACAGCUCAGCAGCAACAGCAGCCAAGAGUUAUGACACCAAUUUAUAACAUGGUACCAGGGCCCCUGAGUCCUCACAGUCCAGCUGGGCCAUUGUCCCCAGCUGCCCUGAAUGCUACACUACAGAGGGUGGCAUCUCCACAUGGAAUCAAAAUGAAUGGACCACUUCAGUCAAAUUUUAAUAUGAACGGUGGUGGAGGCAAGGGAGACAUUGGUGGUAUCCAACGUUGGUUUAGCUCGGAUAUUCUCAAGACCCAGUUGCCAAGCAUGCCUCCUCUUCCUACCCAGGGCAGUCAUGUCAUGACAGUGGAUGAGCUUGAGAGAAACUGAACCCAAUUUAUGACGUCUGUGAACAUGAUAAAUGUUUGUUCUUAUAUCCCACUAUACUGUUGGCACGGUUCCAAGUUGAAUAUGUUGCGACAGUUUAAAAAUCAAAUAUUCCUACAGUUUUUGAAAUCCAUAACCUCAAUGGAUUUCAUGUGCGCGUUUCUUAAUGCGAUACAAGACAAAUUACAAAAAAUAAAUCACCUCUGGUUUGGACAGGCCAGCCACAAAACUGUCAACCUGAACAUUUUCAGCCAAUAGGUAGCUGCUGGAACCAGGCUAUUUGUACAUAGGAAUUGUUUAUUUCAAUUUUGUUGACAUAAUUUGAAGACCAUUUAUGGUUGAGAUUUGUUAAACAUUAACUUUUUUUUUGUGUUCUAAAGAGUUACUUUCCCUUCAAGCCUUUGGAGCUUUUUUUUUUCCUUUCUUUAUUUUGGUUUUCACCUGUUGAAGAGCAACGUUUGUGCAGGAUUGUGAAUUGACUUUUGGAACGUAUGCUUGUAUUUAUUAUGUUUUGUUGCUAAGAUAAAAAGACAUGGGGUUGCAGCACACCCUGAACAAAGUGCUUUUACAUGUGGCUGAGCUGAAUGUUUGUUUUUUUUUUGUUUUUUUUUAACUUAAAUCUAUAGGGUCACAGCACACCCUAAACAAAGUGCUAGGGGUCACGGCACACCCUAAACAAAGUGCAUUGUUUACAAGACAGACAAUGUUACUUAAAAAUACUGAAUGUCUGAAAUUGAAAGUCAUAAUGUUGAGGUUGUUGUUUUUGUUGUUUUUUUUUUUACUUCAAACUACAUGUCUUUAACAUCUUUUUGUUUUGUAUAAUUAGAAUCAUCUUCUUUACAGUGUUACAAGUUUUCUUUGACUGAUGUCUUGUCUCUCAACAAUUUUGCCUCCUCAUUUUAUUUUAUUUUGUAGAUUAGUCUGUUAACAACUCAGAAACUAGUGGAAACAUUUGAAGAUUCUUCAUUUUAUAGGUAAUAAGAUCACUUAUGGUAAUAAAUUGAUUAGCACAUAGUACACACUUUUUGGCAGAAAACGUUAUUUUUAAAAUAUAAAAAUACCCACAAGAGUGACACACAUUUAUUACUGGUACUUUUUUUUUUGUCUAAAUUUUUUUUAAAUAAGAUUUUUUUUAAUGUGGAAAAUACAAUGCUUCAACUUCAAUGUACUGUCUGUUCAAAAUGUAAAUAUAGUUAUCCCUGUGUAUAUAGUUGGUAUAUAGUUACAAAAAAAAAGUUAAAAAAAAAUAUUUUUUUUAUGUGUUUUUAAAUCUAGAUUGCUGUUUGGUUUAAAUAUUUCAUUUACGUUGUAGAUUAACGUUUUAUUUUGACUUUCAUUGAAUAAAUAACAUUCAAAGCAGUAUUAAAGAAUUUGUCCUCUAGUUGCAUACAUUAAAUCUUGUUUUUUUCCAAUUUAAAAAAAUUGUUUUUGUUUCCAAUUCUUUUGUUGUUUUUUUUAUCCAGAAAAUUCACUCUGGAUACUUGAAUAGAUGUACUAGCAUUUCUGUAGAUAUUACCUUAUGUUAAAGUAAAAAGUUUUGCCUUCAACAGUAAAUGGUGAUGAUAUCAUGCUAGUGUGAUUACAAUUUUUAUCUCCUCACUUUGCCACAAGUUAAGUGUUGAAAUCCCCCCCCCCCUCCCUUUCCUAAUUUCUUUUUUCCCACAUUCAGUUCAUUGAUAAUUGACUUGAAUUAUUCAUCUCUAUUGUGUAAAAAAAAAAAAAAAAAAAAAGCUGUACAUAGAUCUUGUAAAAAGUUUGUUCUUUCUUUGUUUAUUGCCUUUAUGUUUCAAAUAAAAAUGAGCAAGAAACAGGGAGAUCACUCUGAAAUAACUUGUUCUUCAGACUUCAAACAAAAUUUCAACUUCAAAAAAAAAAAAAAGCCAAUUUUUGUUCCUUCUCCAUCCUUUUUUUUUUAAAGCAUUAGUAAAAGGUAUUACUAUUAGCUUAUAUUCUCCCAUGAAUAUGGCAUUUAUUUAUUUUGGUUCAGAUUUCCAAAUCUAAAUUCUUUUGACUUUGUAUAUAAAUAAGUAAAAAUCUGGCAGCUUUCUUUUCCAUUUUCAAAUAUUAAUUUGAAUUUCCUUGGUCAUAUUACUGUCUUUUUGUUUGCUUACCUUAUAGCUUGUCAAGUUAGUCUAUUGUAGUGUUGUUUUGAUAUAUUGAAGUUGCAAAUAUCAGAUAUUUAUAGGGAGUUUUCAAAUACAGAGUUUGAGCUUUAAAAAUUUAUCUUUGAUUCGCUUAGAACUCCCUUGUAUCAUUUUUUUAAAACCAAUUUUAUUUUUCUUCCUUUGGAUCCUUAAAACUUAAAAAAUUAUUACAGGAAGUUAUUUUUUAGAAGAAAAAAAAAAGGUUUCUGAGUUGAAGUUCUAAAAUAAUUAAUGUGGACAUUGUAUGAAACUUUAAAAUUUGUUCACAAGACUUCUUGAAAACCAGACUUGACAGUGGACUGCGAUGAGGACUUGACUGUGGACGCACUUAAGGAAAAACAGACUGUUUGACCUUUGUUGUUGUUCUGGAGUAUUGCGGGUGAUGUUCUGAAAGAUGUAAAUGAAAUGAGCAAUCAUCAUUUGCUGGGCAAUGUGUGCGCCGCAUGCAUGUUGUAGUUCUAAAUGUAUAUAAAUUGAGCUGACUCAACAUUGAGACCAUAAUCUGCUAAUGUAAAGAACUAGAACCUCCGAUCUGUUGUUUUUUUUUAAAACUCUUCUCACCCUAAGAAACUGUUUACUUAAGGCCUCAGCCCUUGAGCUUACUUUAUGGUUAGCGAGUACUUCUAACUGUACUUCAUCAGCAAAGUUUAAUUUAAACUGGUUUUGCAAAUAACUGUAACUAGCUUUCCAAAAGUAAGGAUACACAUGAAAAAAAAUAAAAUUGUUUAGGAUUUUUUCCACAUUCAUUCUUUUUUUUAUUUUCUCUGCAGUUUUACCUUAGAAUUAAAUUACUUUUGAAGGGGGGGCGUGCCCCUAUUGAACAAAUAAUUAAAGCUAUGGUCGUCCUAAUUAUCUUUCUGGAUGAAUGCAAUCCUAGACAUUCCUUGUUUUGUAUUGCGUGAGAGCUUCUUGUGGUCACUUCCAUUUAUUGAGCCAAUUAUUUGUAUUUACUUGAAAUGCAUGUUGUUUUUUUCUUUUUCUCCACUUUGUUAUCCUCGUGUUAAGGUUUGGAAAAUAAUUAUGAAGUUUGUUAAUUAAGCUUUCAGCUUUGUACACAUAUGCUCUCUCGUAACUUCCACAUUUUACCUUCUUCAAGAGUGUAUAUACUUAUCAUCGUUGCAUAUUUUCUAAUGUAAAAAUCCUAAGGAAUUUGUGAUGGGAAAAAAAAAUGCUUUUGUGUUUUCAUCAUCUGCACUGACGGCUAAGUAAAAUAUUUGAUGCGCAUCAUGGACUGAAAGAAUGGAAAAGGAGUAUGCAUCAUUUUGUUCUGUUAUGUUCAUAUUUACUCACUAGUUUCUCAAUUAUUUAUUUCCAAUAAAUUUUUUUUUAAAGGGUUCAAUUACAUUUUGUUUAUGUUGGGCAACUUAAGAAACAAAAAAAAAAAAAAAGGUAUUUGGUGUGAACUUUAGGUCCUUGCGCUGUUCUCUUGAUCAAACUUCUGAAAUAGUAACUAGACUUAGUACUGAGUGCUGUUAAGUGCUCUGGAAGUGUACAUUUGGUUCACCCAAUGUACUGCUAGCGUCUGCAAAAUUGAACAUCCUCUUAGUUUUUUGUUUAGUGCAUUACCAUAUCAUUUGUUUUUUGUUUUGCCAUCUAGUUUUAUGAGAGAGUGACAAGUUGAACAUACAAACAAACAAAAAAGAAAGAAAGAAAACUUGUAAUAGAAAUGAAUAAAUUGAUUUAUGAAAUGACUUUCUUUUUUUUUUUAGCAUUAUUUCCCAUUAUGUAAUGCAAAUUAAUUUUUUUAAAAUACUGUACAAUGUACAGUAAAACAAAUGUUCUUAUAUCACUAAAGAAUAGGAAAACAAAAAAAGACUAUGAAUAGUACCAGGUAGAGCGUGUCCUGAUGUGGUCAUCCAUUACUGCACACACAAAAGUGCUUACAGUUUCUACCUUUAGUUGACAGAAUGAGAGUCAUUUAGAUUUUUGUUCUGUGCUUUCAUGUAAAUAAUAAAAAGUCACUUGUGAACAACCCAAAAGAUACCCCAGUUUGCAACACCUUAUGUUAGUAGCCUUUGUGAUGUCAUGAUGCUGGUCAGUCUGCAGGUUUGUGAUAUCAUGGCAUAUUGUUUUUAAUUACCGGAGACUUUUAUCAUAGUAACUGCAGUGAGGCUAAAACUUAAUGAUGGCAAUUUAUAAUUGGCCUAAACACAUUUGUACAAUUUUUAUUUUUUUCAACCCAUCUACUAUUAGAAAAAAACAACUUGUACUUUUUGAAUUUAUAAAAUUUUUCUUAUAAUGAAAAAACGAACUAAAAAACUUCACCUGGGCAGCACUGCUUGUAUAUAUUUGAUCAGUAAAGCAAUACAAACAAGAAACUUAUUAGAUGUUCAGAUUUGCAUCAAUGUUUAUUUCCAGAAACUGGUCAUUUAGGUAAAUACUGACCAACAGUAAUUUAAAAAUGUUGGGCCUUCUGGAAAUUGGGGGUGGGUGGGGGGAGGGGGGGGGGGGGAAUAGCACCUGACUAACCUAAAAUGACAGAAAAACUCAGGAGAACAUACACCUAGAUAUUUAACUCUAAUGCAUUCCAUUACAAAUAGAACUACCAUUAGUGUUUUACUAGAGGCAAAAGUAGGGUCAUGAGAUGAAAUAAGAACUAAAGUCAAAAAGGUUUCAAUUCAUAAAUGGUCAUUUUCUCAAAUAUUCACACUGGAAUUACUGAAUAAAGGAUGAUACAAACAAGAAUAGUACCUCCUUUUUUUUUCAAACUUGUAUAUUAUGUACAUGCUGUCAGUUAUACACAAUGUCAUAGAGAACAUCUGUGUAGCCUUCAGUCCCUGCUGCACUAUUUUCUCAAACUUUUUGUUAGCAAAAAUAAAUAACAAAGUUCUGUCUUGACAUUCUAUUUAUGCUGUACAUUGAGUGCUCUAUUUAUUUGGAACUAAUUAACACAACUUAAACCCUGUAGAGACACUAUAUAUCUGUUUGGUAUAAUCUGCUGAACAGUACAAAUUUUAAGAAUUAGUUUAGCUUGAAAACAAUCAAAUUAAAAUCUUUCAUUAUCUCUAAAGCAUACAUUCUCAAAACUACCCAGCUUUAGUAUUUAGUUUGGUAAGACAAAAUAGUUCAUACAUUGACUUGUAAGUUAUUCAAGGACAGUUUAGAAGUUAGAUAAAUCAAUAUCUCUUAUUAUUUUGUAACAGCUUUCUGUGCCAGAUGUUUUUGAGAAUAUUUG